CCCACUCAGUAUUUAAACCCACAAUGUCAGCAGGCUCUCAGCUUCACACUGGAAAACUUGAUCUUGACCAACACGUUUGGAUUCAUAGGAGAAGAAAAAAAAACACAACAACCUUACAACUAAAUCCAGAUUCUGAGCUUUAAAUACCAAGAAGCUUUCUCCAGCUGCACUAACUUUGGAUAUCUGAACUCAUCAUCAACACUUCUGGAAACUUUUUUUUUUUUUGCUCUCCACACCUUCACCUAUUAUUAUUUUUUAUUUUUUUAUCCCACUUUUGGGAUUUAAACUUCACCCAGUCCGUGUGGUCGCCCCCUCCUUGCCAGAGAGGGUGCGAAUUGAAAGUUGGCCCGGAGAUGCGGUCCAUUCUCCCGCUUACUGUGUAUUGCAUCAGCCUGGUUUCCCUCCAGCAGCUGCUGGCUCUGCCGGCGGAGGAGCGUCCCGACACGAACAGGUUGGACCUCCUUGACAAGCUCAUUGACCAGAGUAAGGAUAAAGCAUCAGCAUUGGGAAGCCAGACUCAGGUCACAGCCCCAUCCUCAGCCCCCGGCCAUUUUCCAAAAUGGCUGCGCGAUUUCCUGAGACACCAACCGGCUUCAGGCAUGAAAGCAGCCUUGUCGAGCCUGGCAUGGGCACGACCCACUGAAGCUUCACGGGGCGAGAGGAGAGCACUGAGAGCUCGUCGCCAUGCCCAUUCAGGAUCGAGAGGCGGUCACCACUACCCCCAACAUGCCCAGCUGAUGAGAGUGGGUUGCGUCUUGGGAACAUGCCAAGUGCAGAACCUCAGCCACCGACUCUAUCAGCUCAUUGGUCAGAGUGGAAGAGAAGACUCAUCCCCCAUUAACCCCAGGAGCCCCCAUAGUUAUGGAUGAGUUAAUUGACACCUCCAAACACCCACAGCAAGUCUAUCUAUAUAUCCAUUUAUUUAUCUCUUAAUGUAUUACUGGUAGCUUUGGCAUUAGAGUUGAUGUAGUCCAUAUGUUUAUCUAUUUCAAAAUGACAAUUAUACUCCUCUGAAAUGACUCUUGUGCGUCUCUACUCUUUGUGCUAAUUGAUGGAUUUGAAGAAUCAAAUUCAAGAUUAUGACUGAAUCGUCUUUGAACCCCCAAAUCUAAGUUGUCCCACCAUCCUGAGAACCUCUGAAGGACGUUCAAGUCUGGUCAAAGUCUUUGUGAUUCUCCUUCAUGAACGUUCAAAAGAAGCCAAGUGGCCUUUGUUUGACGUCUUAAUCCUGUUAAUGUAAGAAUGAAGGCUUGUCCUCAACACCAUUGAGUGGCUUGGUCCUGUCUGCCAGCUGACCUCCCCAGUGAUGGUUAUCCCGUGGCUCAUUGAUCAAACACUUAAGCCCCUAAUGUGGAUUUCAACCUGCACUCAGAGCCGGAGCCCUGUCAAAACCAAUGUAUUCUCCAAGACCUUAAUGACCCAGUGAACCCUUUUACCUCUUGACUCCCUUUUUGUCAACUUUGGAGCUCCCUGGUUAUUUCACAACAGCAUAUACAAUUCCAAUAUGAACGCUUACAUCCCUGGAAUAUUCUGCAAGCUCUCAGCUGAGCUGGGGAUUCGUCACUCAGCAGGACUUUGUCUUUCAGGACCACAGUUUACAUUUGAAACCUGCCACAGGACUUGGGUUACACCCGAGUUUAAGAGCAUUCUGAGUCAGGACUUAACCACAUAAACUCUGUGCUGAAAAUGAAGCAAAGGGUAAGCAUCCAGUGACUUGGAAGAAACUGACUUUGCAAAGGAUCAGUUACAGUGUUGCAUUAUAGCAGCCUGUCGGGCCAACACAGUAGGUGGUAAAGUGAACCUUGGAGCCAUGGAUCAGGGCCUCGUCGCACCGCUGCUGGCAUUUUCCCCCCAAGGGACGCCAAGUCUGAAAUAUUAGCCCCUUCACGUGAUUCAUAAGUUUCCCUCGCAAGUCAGGACUUUAGGUUGACAGCAGUUUAAUAAACCUGACCUAAUCACUUCAGUCUUAUGUGCCACCACAGCAGGAGAGGGGGGGCCCUGAGCCUCCCAUGGUCUUCACAUUCAACAUUAAUAAAUAAAGAACAAGGCAUGUGGCACAUACAUAUGCACACAGGCAGCCUUGAAGCAGAUAUUAAAGGGUCACAAGAUUAGAAAAACCCAACAAUGUUCCCAUAUUUUUGCAGCAUAUUUUGGAGUAACGUGAAUAUUUCGAAAAGAAACGUUACUGUUUUGAACAUCACAGACAGAAUUCCAUUCACCUCCAUUGUUCUGGGGUGGAGGAAGAAUAUCUUGGCCAAAUAAAAUCAAUACUUGACAACACAUUGUGGUAUACACACAAUUCUGUUGGCAGCAACGGGCACGCUUGUUCUUCACAUGUAGGACAUUAAAUGGGUUUAAAUUAGUCCCGAGAUGUCGGCUCUACUGUUACAUUGUGGGUUUCUAAUUAGAGACCACAGCGACCAAAAUGUUAGGCGUAAGACUGCCCAAUUUUAAAUAUGUACGCAACGUAGCUUGGUAGGAAUACAUAAAAACACACCCCAGUGUUUCCUUGUUUCUAUAUAUGUCUGUGUCUGAAAUGGUGGGUGGAUGAUGAUUUGAGGUCAAGUCCUACUCUUUAAGCAUGCUAAAAUUUGACGGGCUUUAAACUUUCCUAAAAAAUGCAACCAUAUCUAUAAAACCUAGGUGAGAAACACAAUUAUAUUAUAUAUUAUUUACAUACUUUACACUAUUCCAAGACUUAACUAUACAGGAGUCUGAUCUUAACUUGCAGAGAGUGUUUGAGUGUUUCAUGGUAGGAUUACAGGCCAGACUGUUGGCCCACUUUCUGAUCUACGUACUUAGAUUAUGAACUCAGUCACAGGAGUGUUUUAGGAGUUGUUAUUCUGCAUAUAAUUUCACAAACAUUAAAGUUUAGUAUUCCUAAAAGUCUAACAGUUCGUAUUCACCAAAUCCCUGGCAAUACUUGACGAAUCAAAUGACUUUACGGGAUGUGACCUAUGUCAUAUAAUUAUGUAUUCUUUUAUAUCUCCAUCUGUGUCUUUUAUCUUAUGUUACUUUGUGUCUUCAGCCUUUUUUUUUAUUCAUCAACAGUUACUUUUUAUAUUUAGUGUCUCAGCCCCGUCAUGGCUGUCUUCUCCCUUCUGUCUAUGAUCAUGGGGGCCUGGAGGUCACAGGGUAAUAAUCAGUGGUUCUUUAGUCUUAAAUCUAAUCUGUUCAAAGGCUUGCUGAGGUGAAACAUGCCAUUCUUUCUGCUGUAAUGGAGCUAAUCAAUGUCUCGUGACGGAUCAUUAAAAGGCUUUUCAAACGCUCUAAAACCCGGGUGGAUCUCUCUGCUUUAUAAAAUGUUUGAGUGUGUUUGAGCUGCUGUACGUAGCCUAUCAGGACACUUAUCUCCUGUGUUUGAUCAGUGCUCCGGACCAUUGUGCUCUAUUUUCUUUUGCACAGUAUCUUUUUGUGACAUCAGACUUUGCGUCAAGUCGAGUUGUGCGAGCAAACUGUGCACGACCGCUAAUACCUCCCUGUAGAAACACCCAGAGCUUUCGCGGCUCUCUAUUGCAAACAGAAAGUGCAGACAGUGCAGAGUUAUUGCGUAUGAAAUGUUUCUGUUAGUUUUGUAUGAUACAGUAGAUGCAGUAGGUUUUGUUUUUUUUUGUUGCUGAUUUUCCAUUUGAAAGUCACAUGAUCUCCUUUAGGGUUACAGGAAAGCACUUUAACGUGAACACGUGUCGAUAGUUUCUUGAAUUUCUCACGUUAUAAUGAACUUGUGAAAGUUGGACGAGGUUUCCUUUGUAAAUGUUGAAUUUGAGAUUGUCUGAAGAUGUCAGUGCACUCCAUGUGACGUCAGGAUGACUGAACAUCGUGCGCACCUGUGAAUAUAUAAAUUUAUAUAUAUAUAUUUAGCCAAACUAUUUAAAGAAAGUAAUGUAUUUAAGUUAUCUUUGUGUUAUAUCUGUAUAUCUGUAUGUCACCAAAGACUAUUUAUCUUUUCCACUGUUCCUUCAACAUGGCAGGAGAGGAAGUCUUAACUGUAGUUUAAAUGUUACUGUUUGAUAAUGUGCUUCUCUCUGUAAAAUAAAGAACUAUACUGUAGUAUGA